GCUUUUAAUAAUGGCGGGCUCAGAAGAGUCAGCUGUCCUCGAAGUCUCUUCAGAAUGUAAACCUAUUUUAUCAAGUAAACAAGAUAGUAAGGAUACAGAUAUAAUGUCAAACUACAGCGCAUCGUUCGAAGGCUCUCUGGGAAUGUCACCGUCCAUAGAGAGCUUCUCAACUCUACCUGACCAGGAUUUGUCGGAGCUAACUCUCGACACUCGAGACCUGCAAGUGAAGGUUGACAAUCCGCAGAAGCACCUGGAUACGUUGGAAACAUACAUUACUUUUCGCAUUCACACCAGGACGUCUCGUGCUGAGUUUGAAGAGAUGGAGUACGUCGUGAGGCGGCGGUACAACGACUUUGUGUGGCUGCGGCAGAAGUUGGUAGAGGCGUUUCCGACUCACCUCAUUCCGCCGCUGCCGGCGAAGCACACACUCCUGGCCCAGCUGGACCGCUACUCCAAGGAGUUCAUCGUGGCGCGCAUGGCGCUGCUGCACCGCUUCCUGGUCCGAGUGACCAGCCACCCGGUGCUCAGCUGCGACCCCAGCCUCAAGGUGUUCCUCACGGCCAAGCCGUCGGAGUUCUCGAUCCACCGCAAGAGCCGCCAGGGCCUGCUGGGGCGCGUGUCCAGCUCGUUCCACAGCCUGGCCUCGGUCUACAUGAUCCGGCAGAGCAGCCCCGAGUUCGAGCAGGUGGGCGAGUACGUGGGCAUGCUGGGCGAGAAGCUGGCCUGCAUCGACAAGAUCGGCCAGCGCAUCCACAAGGAGCGCCAAGACCACCUGCUGGAGCUCCACCAGCUGCACCCCAUCUUCACGCUGUGGUCGGCCUCGGAGCCGGAGCUGAGCCCUGCCAUGCUGGCCAUGGCCGGGGCGGUGGAGCGCAACGCCCAGGCUCAGCAGCACCUGCUCGUCACCUACGCCCCCAACAUCGCCCAGCCGCUGAAGGAGUACCUGCUGUACAUCGACGCCGUGAAGGAAGCACUGUCGCGCAGGGACUCCGUGCAGAUCGAGUACGAACUCACCCUCGAGGAGUUGAAGCGCAAGCGACAGGAGAAAGAACAGCUGUUGUCGGAGGACCAGCAGGCGCAGCAGCAAGGGGCGAGCGCGGGCCUGUUCGGCUUCGGGGGCGCGUCCCUGUGGAAGGGCUCGGGGGAGGCGCGUGACGACAAACUGCAGAAGCUGGCGGAGGCCAUCCCUCACCUCGUGAAGCAGGCCGAGGAAAACCAGGACAAAAUGGAGUGCGCUAAUGAAAACUUGAGAGCAGAUUUGGAGCGCUGGAAAUAUGAGAAGAAGAGGGAUCUCAAGAAAAUAUUUGUUUCGCUGGCAAAUCAGCAAAUAAAGUAUUAUGAAGAGUGCCUUUCAGCAUGGGAGGAUGUUUUGCCGGAGAUCAAGACGGCAGCUGUGUCGACCAGCUAGUCACACUACGUCACCUCUCGUCACCUCCUGUCACCUCUCGUCACCUCUCGUCACCCAGCUUGUACGUACUGUGUGUAGUCUGUAGGUCGCCUCAAGUGUCUGACGAACCAAACGCUUGUUUUCACGGGCGAGAAAUCAAAGUUGUUCAAGACCAAUCUGUGUGUUCGAAAUUAUUACGUUUUGUGUCCCUUGGGCUGUUAUUCCUCUCUGUGGUGCUUUGGAAAAUAUUGGUGUAGCUUUACAUUACUUUCAUGUGAAUCUUCCCGGUCAACCGAAUGUAAUCAUUACCUAUCUUUGAGGCUUGUUGAAUAUUUAAUGGUUGUGCUGUCUUAAAUAGUUAAAUAACUGUUAAAAAAUUUUAUUAGUUAGGAUUGUGAUUUGAUUUGUGAACGGACUAACUUAGGUGAAGUUUUGUUCUUAAUAUUUACGUGGUAAGAAGGAUGUUGUAUAUUUUAAAAGUACAAUGUAAGAAUGUAUGCUAUACUAUUUUGUUUGUGCUGAGUAGUAGUAUCUUGUAUUACUAUUAUUUAUUUGACACUUCUGAACAUGCUCUCGUGUCUGUUUGAAUGGUAGUUUGUAAUUACAGUAUGUUAAUAAUGCCUUAUAUUUAUGUGUAAAUGUUUUCAUAUCAUUACUUUUCUGAUAUAAAUUUUCUUUUGUGUGGAAAUCAUAAUGGUUAGAAUAUGGAAAAUAUUUCUGCUAUUGAUAUUGUCCAUUGAAUUAUUAUUAUAACCAUGUGAUUAUAUGGUUAUAACAUUUUUUUAGUGGUUCACUAAAGGAUAAAUCAUAAUUUUUUUCAGAUGGUUUUCAUUCAGAACAUUCUCUGUAUGCUAUAAGGUGGAAAAUCUUUUAACAUUGCAUGAAAUCUUGCUUCGGUUUCAGUGAUCUAUCUUUGUGCACUUUUUUAAGAAUGCUUUUGGACAUUUGUGAUUAGCUGUAUUCAUAAAUUUAUUGAAUUUUCAUCACAUUCCAUAGUUACUUGAUGCAUUCUUCAUACUAAACCAUUUAAAAAAUUGCUAUGAUAAUUAAAAACACUUUUUCCAUUGUCGGACGUGUCAACCAAGUACUUUUCUUGAAGGAUUCCGAACUGCCACUCAGCACAUUGUGAAUAAAUCAUUCUCACUGUGCUUUCAAACAUAAUGCUGGUUUAAAUGGUGUUCACAUCAGUCAUUUUGUUUUUGGAGUACUCUGAAAAAUGUUAAAAUUUAAAAAAAAAAUCUGUUUACGUUUAUAGUAAUUUGCCUUCAUUAUUGUUGUACCUGUCUAUUGGUGAUUGUUGUAAAAUGUUUGGUUGUAUUAUGAGGAAAAGGAAAUUUUUUUUGAUAGUUUAAUUGGAAUUUUGUCUCUGCAAUUAUCUAAAUGUGUGUGGAUAAUUAUUAUGAAGUGCUUUUUUUCAAGUAUUUUUAAUGAGAUUUAAGUAGCUAAUGCUAUGGUGUUUUUUAAUGUAACAGCAUUGUUGGGUAUUUAUUUGGUAUUUACUGUUUACAUCUUUUAUAUAGCUGUAGGGUAAGUUAAAAAGUUGCUUGAAAGACUUAUUACCUUUUGUACUUUGCUUAUUUUGUGGACCAUGUGUUGCCUGUGAGAUAUGAAACUCAUUUAGCAAUAUUGAACUAUGAAUAUUAAUGUUUGCGUGUUGUGUUAUAGCUGUGAUGAUCAUUGUGCUGAGAUUAUUGACAAGCUUAGUUCAGUGAGUUCUAAUAUUAGGUGUGUGCAAGAAGUAUUUUUUUUAAAUUUAAGUCUGAGGCAAUAUAUAUAAUUUUUCAUAGAUCCAUGUUUUAGAAAGAUUGAGAUUUUUUUAAUUUUCAAUAAAAUGUAUUGGGAUGCUUAAAA